AUGACUUGCUGGAAAGUGGUGAAAUCUGUUCUCAUACUCUGCCUGAUCCUCAUUCCCAUAUUUGUCUGGAUGACAGUCUGGAAUGGGCCAGUCCACUACCUUCCAUACUACCUUCCUUGCCCAGAAAUCUUCUCCAUGAAACUACAAUAUGCAGAAGAGAAGCCCGUCCAGCUUUUCCCCGAGCUAUUUUAUCCUCAGCCCAGAUCACUGGAUCAGAAGCGCCUGGAUGUGCUGACUCUCACACCUUGGCUGGCCCCCAUUGUUUGGGAAGGAACUUUCAAUUCCGAACUCCUGGACAGUGCCUACAAGCCAUUGAACCUCACCAUAGGGGUGACAGCCUUUGCCAUUGGCAAGUACACCAUGUUUGUGGGCCGCUUCGUGGAGUCGGCGGAGAAGCUCUUCAUGAAGGGCUAUCGGGUGAACUACUACAUCUUCACCAACGACCCCCAGGUGAUCCCCAGAGUCCAGCUGCAGCCCGGCCGGAGCCUCAGCAUUAUCCCCAUCAAAAAAUACUCUCACUGGCAGGAGAUUUCCAUGCGCAGGAUGGAGGCGAUAAACAGGCACAUCGCAGAGGUGAGCCACCGGGAGGUGAACUACCUCUUCUGCCUGGACAUCGACAUGGUGUUUCACAACCCAUGGGGGGCGGAGACUCUAGGCGAGAUGGUAGCGGCCAUACACCCUGGGUACUACAACGUCCCUCGCAGCCAGUUCCCUUAUGAGAGGAGGAGCUCUUCCGCUGCCUUCAUCCCUGACAGCCAGGGGGACUUCUACUAUGCAGGGGCCGUCUUUGGCGGGCUGCUCAAGCAGGUGUACGAGUUCACCAGGGCCUGCCACAUGACCAUCCUGGCAGACAAAGCCAAUGGGAUCAUGGCGGCCUGGCAGGAGGAGAGCCACCUCAACAAGCGCUUCUUUUCCCACAAGCCCUCCAAGCUCCUCUCCCCGGAGUACGUGUGGGAUGACACCAAGCCCAAGCCGCCUGAGGUGCGCCUGAUACGCUUCUCCACAGUGAAUAAGGACUACAAGGAGAUACGGGACUGA